CACCCCGAGACCGAGCACUCCUAGAUACCCCAGAGUAGCCCACCUGUCAUCCCGUACCGGGUGCCUCAUACCUCACUGUCUAGAGCGAGUACCUCAUACCUCAUUGCCUUGUACCUGCAGUGAGAAGCUCCUACAGGCAUCCUGUUAGCCAUGGCUGACUCUCUGGCCACUGGAUCCAGACAGCAGUUCCCCCGUAUCAGUAAAUCCAGAGCUUCCACUCAGCUGCAGUUCCUUGCAUCUGACUCAGGAAGCUAUUACAACAGGAGGACAGUUCAGAAGAGAUAUGCCAGACCGGAAAACCGUGAACUGCGAGGAAUACCGCCCUCCUUAAUCAGCGAGUGGAAAGAAAUGUUUAAGACCUUGUCACGGGUACGAUGUCCAAGCUCGGGUUGCUGGGUGGAGUUUCCCAGUGUGUACGGACUGAAACAACAUUAUCAACGAUGCCAAGGGGCUCCGCUCGUAUCCCGCAUGGUCCUCUCCUGUCCACACUGUGAAGCAGUCUUUGCUUCAAGGCCUCAGUUGCAGAAACACCUGAUGUGGAAUCAUUCGGAGAAGGAGGAGAGUAGAGAAAACAGGACAAGCCCACAAGUGGUCUCUGAUGGAGCAAAAGAGAAGUGCAAAGGAGCGAUGAAAAAAGGACCCACUGGAAACAAAGUUUCGAAACCACAUCCAGUGCAGACUCCAGGGGAGAAUGGAGACAUCCUGCAUCCCAGGAACAAUGAAACACAAGGGGAUAUAUGUCUUUCUGAUGAGGACCCAGAAAGGAUGAGGCACAGAAGGAAACAAAGGACUCCAAAGAAGUUCACAGGAGAGCAGCCGUCUAUCACUACCACCUUUGGCUUAAAAGGUUUGGGAAAGACAGAGGAUAAGUCCAGAGGAAGACACGGACGGAUUGUACAGGGGAGAGCAGAGGAACAAAAGAAGAAGAUUGAUAGUGCAAACCUAAGACUGGAGCACAUAAUGAAGCCCGCUUCAGGCAGUGUGGACGACAAGUGCCAACGUCUGAGCAGUAAGAAGGGUGAGGUGACUUGCCCCAACUGCUCAUCUGUUACACGCAAAACUUUAGCAGGGCUGAGAAAACACAUGGAUGUAUGUGAACAGCUGCAAGAAGCACUGAGGUGUCAACAAUGCAGAAAGCAGUUCAGGUCCAAAGCCGGUUUGAAUUAUCACACCAUGGCAGAACAUGUCAAUAAGUCUUCCAGUUCUGACAGUAACCCACUUGAAGAUCCCAGAGAACGGGAGCGCCUGAGAAAAAUGUUAAAGCAGAUGGGAAAAUUGCGCUGCCCUAAGCAGAAUUGCUCGGCCACAUUCUCCAGCUUGAUGGGGUAUCAGUACCACACCCAGCGUUGCGGCACUCAGCAGUGUGAGCGGGAGAAGCUGCACUUUUCCUGCCCUCAGUGUAACAAGGCUUACCAGUCCAAGGCUGGAAGAGAUUACCAUGUGCGCUCAGAGCAUUGUGCGGAUUCUGAGGAACCAGAGCCUGAGUCAAGGCAGACAGAGGUGGUGGAGGAUUUUGAGCGGACCCCAAGUGGUAGGGUCCGGAGGCACUCAGCGCAAGUCGCAGUCUUCCAUUUGCAGGAAAUUGCGGAGGACGAGCUGGCAAAGGAAGGGAGCAGGAGAAGAAUGAAGGAGGAUUUGGUACCUGACAGCAAGAGGCUGAACUACCUCCGCCCUGGCCUGCCGACCUUUAACCCCCAGCUCCUGGAUCGCUGGAAAGCACUUGUGAAGGAAAACGGCUUCAUUUGUUGUCCCAAUAAUUGUUGUGAAGCAAUAUACUCCAGUGUGUCUGGGUUGAAGGCUCAUCUUGCAAACUGUAACAAGGGCAGUCACUCUGGGGGGAAAUACAGAUGUCUACUGUGUCAGAAGGAGUUCAGCUCCGAAAGCGGUGUGAAGUAUCACAUACUUAAGACGCACUCACAGAACUGGUUCCGGAUAUCCACCGUUUCAUCACCUUCUAAAAGAAAAAUGAGUGCGGAACCUUCUCCUGACAUGUUAGAGAUAAAAGCAAUAGAAAAGAAUAAAAAGAUGAAGCUUGAGGAGAAGGCCCCAAGUCUUCCUACAGUCUCAGUGCCACCACCAACAAAAGAGACACCAAUUGCACUAAAAACUCAACCUAUAAAAGCACCAAGUAAACCCGGGACAUAUAUGGGACCAAAGGGGAAAUUGUGUCAUGGUGGCCCUACCAGAAGAGGAAAAUGACACCAAUGUGCUGCACAGUCCAGAUCGAAAACCCACUUCAGUAGCCAACUGUAGUCACACCAAUCAAUAUACACAUUCCUACGUGUGCUCACUGCUACAGCCUAACACAGGACCAAGUAUACUCAAUAUAUCAUCGUCUAGCUACUACUUGAAAGUCAGGAUAGAAAAUAGUGACAUUAUUAUUAUUGAAUAUUACUAUAUAAAUCUAUAUGAAAAGGAUAUUCGCUGUCUAAAAUUAUAGCUAUAUCGCCUCCAGCUGCUUUAAGGGAUGAGUUUUUUGGGGAGAUGGUGAUGAAUUUGUAUUUAGGUGUGAAGUUUGCACUAAGGCAUAGCAACCAUACAGGACCUUGGAUAUAAAAUACAAACUAUGCACAGUGCAGAGCAUCUUGGAGUCUCAAUGUUUUACCCUACAGAAGGACUGCUGUAGGGUAGGAACUGCUAUAGAUUUUUCCUGUAAAUUAGUAGUGGAAAAAAAUCCAUUGCAGAAUGUGAGGUUUCAAGCUUGCACUAUUUUGGGCAUCAUAUUGGUGAGUAAAGGCUGCACUCACCAUGUAUUUCAAAGAUGAAAUAUUGGUGAGUGCAUCCUUUUCAUUUCUUCUAUUGUGGAUCUACUUUGGAUGUCCUGCUUUAUAAGGCUUUUUGCACCACCAUAUUAGUGCUUGCCUCAGUGCAUUUACCACUUCAGGGGCCAUAUGUCAUUAAAUGACGAAAGGACAGUAAGGAGUGCCAGUUCGGUUUCUCUCUUUGGAAUAUUGGUUAGUAAGUUUACCAAAACCCAGGAGUGUAUAGGACACAGAAUGAAACUGUAAUGGUAAAAUGUGCUCCUUUUUCUAUGUUUUGGACCCACUCCUGGUUUUGGUACAACUACUGACCAAAAAGAGGAGAAAUUACUGUGUGAACCUUAGGCUGGGUUUGCAUGUUGUAUUUUGGUCAGCAUUUGCUCUUUAUUUUGGUAAUUUAUAUAUAGCCAAAACCAGGAGUGGAACCAACACAAAAAACUAAAAUGGAAAGUCAUGCACCCAUUUCUGUGUUUUUGGACCUACUCCUAGUUUUUGCUUAAAAUACUGACCAAAUUAUCAUGUGUAAGGCCAGCUUUAUUAAGUGAGCAUCUAAUAAAGGCAUUACUAAGAAAUGUGUCUAAGGGUAUGGUCACCCACAGCUGAAAUGCUGCAGGAAAGAAAUCCUUAGCAUUUACAUACUGAAAUCUACUAUGGAAACUCUGUACCUUAUCAUUUGGUUUUUAGUGUGGAUUUCCAGUGUGAAUUAUGUAAAUUAUAUUUACAAAAAUUUUUAAUAAUCUGUCUAAAGUCCUCACUUGCGGAUCUUGCUGCAGCAAAAUAUCACAAUAAAUUUUCAAGAAUUUUGACGCCAAAAUUGACUUGGCGCAGGCUCAAAAGUCUACUUAUGGGUCAACUUUUGCAUGUAUUUCAUCCACUUUAAUCUGACUCACUUUUCUGCUACUGUAAAUAGUGAAUAUUUUCCUCACUAAAACGUGAAAAAUCUGCAGCAGAUAUACUGUGUGUGACCAGACCCUUUUAAAAGGGUUUUUCAGUUUAACAUAAAUAAAAAUUAAACAAUGAUGUCCAGUGCUAAGAAAGUUGUCCCCUAUACACAGGGCUGAGCCAGGGCCCUGUACAGGAGAUCGUGGUGGGUCAGACACCGCGCUAUCUCCCGUGUGGGGCCCCAGCUCUGCACUUCUAGAGUGUGUUUCGUGCCCAGAAAGUCAGCUGGUCGAAACAUUUCCCCUCCAUUCAUCUCUAUGGGAGAGGCAGUGACACAGGAAAGCUCUCCCAUAGAGCUGAAUGGAGGGGUGUGUUUCUACCAGCUGACCUGCUGUGUGCAAAACGUCACACACAGCAGCUCAGCUGGGGCCGAGUCGGGGCCCAGUGCAAAUAGGGUACUCCACUGGAAAACAUUUUUUUUUAAAUCAGCUGGUUAAACAGAUUUGUAAUUUACUACUAUUUAAAAAUCUU